AUGUCUCUCCUAGGCGUAGAAGACCCCCCCAUAGACCAGAUCCUAGCAGCUAUCGACGAGAUGGCAGCCAGCAAGCAGCCCAAAGUGCUCCUAUUCGACAUUGGUGGUGUCUGUGUCGUGUCCCCCUUCCAGGCCAUCCUAGACUAUGAAAUCAGCCUCAACAUCCCGCCGGGCUGGGUAAACUACUCGCUCGCCCAGUCCGCGCCCAACGGGUACUGGCACAAGCUCGAGCGCGGCGACAUCCCCAUGGACGCCGCCUUCUUCGCCGGCUUCAACAGCGACCUGCACCGCCCGGAGCAGUGGAGGGCGUUUUACGCGCGCGAGGCGGCCAGGACGCCCUCGCUGCCGCGGGAGACGCCGCCCGUGCCACGGCUCGACGGCGAGUGGCUCUUCAACGAGAUGAUGGCCAAGUCCAACGCCCCGGACCCGUGGAUGUUCCCGGCCCUGGAGCGCCUCCGGCGCAGCGGGCGCUACAUUCUCGGCGCGCUGAGCAACACGGUCAUCUUCCCGCCGGGCCACGCGCUCCACCGGGGGGACGCGCUCGCCGACCCCGUGAGGAGCCUGUUCGACGUCUUCGUCUCCUCGGCGCACGUGGGGCUGCGCAAGCCCGACCCGGGCAUCUACAGGCUCGCCGUGCGCAGGCUGGACGAGUUUGCGCGCGCAAACGCGCACUCCGAGAGGGGCAGGCGCCUGGGCUGGGACGCGGGCGUGCAGGCCGCCGACGUGCUGUUCCUCGACGACAUUGGCGAGAACCUCAAGGCCGCUAGGAAGGAGGGCUUUGGGACCAUAAAGGUCCACCUGGGGAGGGCGUACGAGGCCGUCGAGGAGCUGGAGAGGGUGACGGGGCUGCAGCUGGAGGGGGACCAUCCCAAGAUUGCUGUUCGACCGCGCGUGCGGAGGUCCAAGAUGUAG